UACAUCGGGGACGACUAUCCUUCCCAGCUCCCGAUCAGCCUCCCCGCCAUCCAAACGACGCUGCAGUCCGGGGAGCCCGGCUUCUCGCUUUACGCCGACGACGACUGGGCGACGCUCUUCCCAGCCUCGGACGGGUUCACCGACCUCGGCACCGCGGCGACCACGCGCACCUUCCUGGUCUCCAUGGUCCACCAACUGCAUUGCCUCGACGUCUUCCGCGUCGGCUUCGUGACGAACCGCACGGGGUACGCGCACCACGUCGAGCACUGCCUGCGGUACAUGCUGCAAAUCGUGCUGUGCAACGCGGACACGACGCUCGAGGCGGACCAGGCGGGCAUGAGGGGCGGACGGUGGGAGCAUGCGGCGGGCGGCGUGGGAUCCGUCCAUCAGUGCCGCGACUGGAGGGUGCUGAGGGAGUACUUGGACGAGCAUGCGGCGGGGCCGGUGCGUUUCUAG